AUGGAAGGGCGGAAUGAGAUCAGGGAUGGGCGGAAGGAGAUUAGGGGUGGGCGGAAUAAGGCGCGGGUUGAUGGGGAGGGGGAAUGGAGGGGGAGAGCAGGUGCUGCCCGAGGAGGGGGAAGAGAGACGUCGUCCCUUUUGACAGGGAGGCAUGGACCGCACUCACCCUGCUGCCCGCUUCUCUCCCUCCCCGCCGUUCUCCCAUGCAUGUGCCUGCAGCUGCAGGCGCUGUUGCGCAUGGGCAUGCCAGCGGGGGUGUGCAGCACGCGCAACGCCACCACGCCACUGCACGUGGCGGCGUAUGGCGGCCACGUGGACUGCAUGUGCCUGCUGGCGGCUGUGCGUGCCUGGCGGCUGGACUCCAUUACACAAUGCAGUGACCAAGCAGCAGUGGGAGGCAGUGAGAUGACUUGCACACCAGGGAAUAGAGCCAGCAGAGGAGAGCCGUACACCAACUGCACCGCUCUGAACCCAUUUGUGCAGUGGAAUCUGCAGCCGCUGCUACCAGCCACUCCCCCCUCCUUCACCCUCACCUCACCACCCCCACCCGCCUUCACGCCGCCAUACGCCCUCUCGUCCAUCUGCUUGUGGACGUCCCUCUCCGCCAUCGCACCUGGUCGCACACAAGCAACAGCCCUCCUGCCACUGCCGCCACACACAAAGCCUGCUGAUGCAGAUGCUGGCAGUGGAGGCGAGAAGGCAGUGGGGGGCGCAGUUGGUUCGAGUCAGGGCGUGCAGGGGGAGUGGGCAGUGGCGGGGUAUGAGGCGAUGCGUGUGGUGCAGGUGGGGGGUGGGUGGCGCCAGGGCAGCUAUGGCCUGCCCUCCUCCCUCGCUGCCUCUGCUGCACCUGCUGUGUCUGGAAGGCAAGGUGACUUGUCUGGAAACCUUUGUUGCACUUCUUUGUAG